AUGGUCCUUCGUCGAAAGUCCGUCCAGGAUGCUCUCAUGAAGAAGAAGCAAGGGACGCAGAACGUUGGCAGUCAAUCCCAGCGUUUCGAGGAGGCCAGACGGAUACUCGAGGCAAAGGGCUUCUACGACUACGCCUUUGUCAUUGCCGACGGUACCGGGUAUGCGCGAGUGCACACCGUUGGACAAGGAAAGAAGUUUCUUGAUGGCGCCGCAUUCGCGGCACAGACCGACAAAACCAAUGCUCUCCUAGAUGUGUCUGGAGGUGAGCAACCAACGACAUCCGACGAUGAGAUCGACGAUGUUCCGGACCGUGCUUCCAGGUCUGGCAACGGGAGAAGAGCAGGUCGCACAACGCAACACCGCGGACGUGCCAUGCUUCCAGAAAUCGAAACGCCGAUCAACUUACCAACCAUAUCCAAGCCGGUGCCGAUACCAGAAGCUCCCAACAACUCACUGACUCUAUCGAGACCUGCACAACCCAGUCAAUCCAAGUCGCCAAUGUUGAGUAUCCGCCUCGACAACGAGGUCGCAAUUGUCGAGUUCCUCGCAAGCAGGUUAAAGGCUAUGCAACAGGUCGUCGACAAGAAGAUCGCCAAAGCUUGGAUCAAGGGCAUCUGCCCGAAAAAGCAAGCCAGGUUCCCAUACUCCAACAAGACCAAGGCUUGUCGCAGACUCCCAGCCUGGUGGCCGUCGACGGAUGAUUGUCCCUUCGUCGAGCCGGAUCAUAUCAAGCGCGAUCGAUGGACAGCAUUCUUGGAGGAAAUUGCGGGACCUGAAACAAUUGAUGAGUGUCCAAAGGUGUCUGUCGAGAAAGCUGAAAGGCGCCGCAAGUACUUGAGUCAGAUCUAUGAGCUGGCAGGAAUGGAAGAAGAAUACAAGCGAGAUGACCGAGACGGGUCUGACCGCUUCUACUACCAGCCGGAUGAGGAAGACAACAAAAGGCCAGCGCUCGCAUCCGCGCCGACUCCAGUUGCCAAGAGACCCAGGGAGCAGUCCGUGGGAACAAGCUCCGCCCAAGCAUCCCGAUCGUCGUCCAUCUUAGAUCGUCGUCCGAAAGCGAAGAGGUCACGCAAGGACUCGAUGUCUGUGUCCGACGAGCCAAAUGUCACUCAGAACUCCGAACAGAAGCAGAAACGUCGCUGCGCUUCAACAGAAGAACACACCAUGCAAUCACUGGUACCUACAGUCAACAACACUGAGUCACCGGGCAUGAACUCGGUUGCUCCUGCUCUACAGCCACGCCAGAACAGCUGGCCCGAAGCUCAAAUGGAAGCCAUUCCAACGAAGACAGAGCGACGUGCGCGGCCGAGAAGACGCCCUGUCGAGCACAUAUCGACGGCACGCACACAUGAUCGAAACCAAUGGCAUGGCAGCCCUCUCGCUCCGCCAACCUACCUCUCUGGUGGCGCCACGCAGCCUUAUUGCUCGCCGAUGCAAUUCCCAGGACGACAAGACUUCGGCCUGCCGCCCUACUCCAUGGAUCGAGAUAUGAUGCAGCAGGCAUCCCAGUCCUCAUUUCAAUCGAUAACACCCGAGGCGCAUUUCCCAGCAAGCAAUCCAGCUGUACCCGAGCUCAUGGGCAUUCCUCAUUACAGCAGUCCGGAACAUCAUUAUGCGAUGACGACUCUGCCACCAAAUUGCUUCAUGCCGGCUGUCAUGGACCAUCGAAUGAUGGAUCUCCAGCUUCCACUCAGACCGCAUGAAUGGCCGAUGAUGCACGAGCAAAACUUGGCAGGUGGGCACAUGCUGCUUGACUACCACAGCCCGCAGUUUGACAACCAUGCUCAGCCAUGGAAUACUAUUGUUUGA